CAUAAAGAGUGGACAGGUGCCUGGGUCGAGCGAAUGCGUGUUUUUAGGUUGAGGGAUGUCCUUGCGUUGUUUACCUUCAAUGGAUGCGAAGUGUGCGUGUGCUUCGGCAGCGAAAAAAAAAAAAAAAAUGUAUGAGCCUACUUCAGCCCCGAGGACUUGCUCCAACACACAAAAACAACAAAGACUUGCCCGUUCCUUGUCUCUCACACUUCUCUUCUUUCCCUCACCUCUAACCCCCCUCCCUUCAUAGCUCAUUCCACUCCUUCCCCUUCUCAUUACAUUCCUCUCUGCCUCAACCUUUCACCUCCACCAAUGACACUCAACGACAGCCAGGGCACGGCGAUCAACACUCCUCCCCUGACCCUGUCCUCCAACGCGCCCCCUUCUUCCUCCGCCACUUCCACGCCCGCAAGCUCCGCCACAGUCUCUCCCUCCAACUCGACCACGACCUCUCUCACCACCGCUCCUACAUCCAUUACCGACAAUAAUAGCAGCAGCAGCAAGGAUCACGACGACACACGCAAAACCGAAGCCCCGCCUAAGAAACGAUCCAAAAACGGUUACGUUGCCCGGGUUGGAUUCGACACCCUCGACUGCGAGGCCACAGCCCAGUACGCCUUCACACUCCAGGCACGAACAGACCAUUGGCACAGAACCAAGUACUCCAGGACCUUCCUCGUCGGCACGGACCUCAAUGACUACAGCGCCCAUGCACUGCAAUGGGUGAUGGAAAACAUGGUCGAGGAUGGUGAUGAAAUUGUGGCAUUGAGGGUCGUACCUAUCGAACUACGGGACUCUUUUGCCAAAUCCGGCAUCCCAUCUUUCCAGGGUCAGGAGCUUGCAGCGCGCGAGGAGGCAGCCAAGCUUAUGGGCAUGAUCAGAGAAAAGAACAAGUCCAAGGAGCUCAACAUCAUUGUCGAGUGCCUCGUUGGCAACGUCCGCGACACCAUUCAGCACAUGAUCAAGAUGUACGAACCAGACAUGUUGGUCGUUGGAACCAGAGGCCGAAACACCGUCAAGGGAUUCCUCCUCGGAAGCGUCUCCCGCUACUGUCUGAACCACUCCCCCGUCCCUGUCACGGUCGUCCGGCCCGCCAGCAAGCUGAUCAAGUCCAAGACUAAGGCCAAAGGAAUCUUCCGUCGACGUACCUCAACUGUUCAAUCCGACCUUGAGGAAGACAGUUCAAGUCCACAACUCUUCUACUCCAGUCCAUUGUCGCGACAGACUUCCAGAUCAUCACUCGAUCCCGCGAUCACGGCAGAGAUCGAGCGCGAGGAAUCCAGGAGUCCAGAACUGGAACAUGAUCGUCAUCAUCGGCAUUCCGAACCAACGGCGGCUACAAAGGCUUCGGCUGCGAAACGGUCGUCGCUCUUCUCGGCACCUGCAGCGACAGUGGCUGUGCCGACAUCAGGAGGCGGUAUCGGUGCCGCUGCUGGCCCGAACGGAAUGGCGUCGAUGGAUCCUGCAGCGGCAGCGGCGGCGUCGAUCCAUUCUUCGUUGAAUUAUGCGUCGGCGCUGCUAUCGUCGUCACCACCGGACAGGAUGCCACCACCCCCAGAGGGGAUGAUUCGGUUGACGAAGAGCCUAACAACGGAUGGGACGACAGGACCGACAGCGAGUCAUAAGAAGAUGAGCGGACGACGGAGUUUUGCGAGGUUAUCGCCGUCGGUCUUAUUGGGGCCGUUGUCGUUAGGUGCGGGGAGGAAGAAGCCUGCGUCAUGAACGUGAUAAAGAUCCUAGAGAUCAACGUCGAUGUAUUUUUUGUACAGUAUUACCAGUAGCUAGCAUUUUUUUUCCUACAAACACUUAAAAAAACA